GGCAGUCCGAGCCAAGAGAACAAUCCUUUGAUGGUUGAUCUCAAUUCUUUGCCCGGUUGCCACUCACUUGAGAGCCUCUUUUUAUUUUCUUAAGCAAAAAUUGUUAAAGUUCCUAGUUCACAUAAAGAAGAGAAUUCCGCACACAAUGCCUUCCUAAGGUAGCAAACAUUAUCGACUCACAAAAGAGGAAGAAAGUAGUCGAAUCCCUCACGUACCGAUACUCAAAUUAUGAAACUAUCACCUGAGAUGCACAACACAUCAAUCAUCUAGCAAAUCAAAUCAAAUCAUAUUGAGUAAGGAGAAUGCAAAAGGGGCCAACUUGGAGCCCUCAUAUUUGAAAAAAAUUUGGGCAUGCAUACAAAGCUCUCCAAGUGGUUAAAUUAUGCGAACUCAUCGUCCACAAUCACUCCAAAAACACUCUCUCUCGUGAUCAAGCUUUUAAACAUUCAUGGUGUAAGAGAGUAAUCAAUAACAACAUUCCACACAAGCAUUCAUGCAUAACCCCCCACACUUAAGGAACACAUUGUCCUCAAUGUGAGAAAGGUAAAAGGAUAGGGGAACGAAGUUAGCAAAAGGCUUUAUCGAGGUGAUUGUGGAAUCGAAGGGUAGGGUGGGUGGUUUGAUCUCCUCCCAAAUUUGAGAAAUCGCCUUUUGGACUCCAUAUCUCAACCUCUAGGUGACACUUUUAGUUGUUGUUGGUGCUCUUGCACAUGGUAUAGCAACACUUACAACCCGGGGUGGCGAAAUCAUCCGAAUUUCUCUUGGUCUUUUCCAACCAAUCCAAGACCCCCCAGUUUCCAAGGACCAACGGGAAAUUAUCAACCAAGGCCUACUUUCAUUCAACAAAGGCCGCAAUUCCAAGGCUCUAACUUCCAACAACUGUUUCAAGAUCAAAGAGGUCAAUGAUUCCAACAACCCGAUAAGUUUGCAAAUUGAAGACCUUGUGACCACUUUUGUGAGCGCGAGCACUCAAAAGUUUGAGAAGAUUGAUCAAUUUAUGGAUGUGGCAACAAAAAAGUUUAGCUCGGUUGAGGCGCGAUUAAGGAGCCAUUAAGCAAGCCUUCAAAACUUGGAGGUGAAAAUUGGAACUCUUGUCGGGAUCCUCACCGAGAGGCCAAGGGGAUCUUUAACCCUCUCAAACCAUUGUCAACCCCAAAGAUCAAAAUGUUGGGUGCAAUGCUAUUCUUAAGAGAAGUGGGAAGGUUACCCCAAAGGUUGUUUCUAAGGAGGUGAAUGAAGAAGAGAAGGCCCCUCCAACGGCCAAUGAUCCCGAAGAAGUGGGAGAAACGGAAGAAGAGCCUAAGAAGGCAUUGCUGACGCCACCCCAAGUGGCUGAGUAAAAGCCUCCUCUUCCUUUCCCCACAAGGAUACACAAGGAUCGAUUGGAGGCGGAGUUUGGAGGAUUCAUGGAGAUGCUCAGGAAGCUCCGCAACACCAUUCUAAUAUUGGAGGCCAUGGUGCACAUGCCGACGUACGCCAAAUAACUCAAGGCGAUUCUUGCAAAGAAGCCGAAAUAUGAAGACCUCGCCAAUGUCACCUUAGGCGAGGAGUGAUCCGCCUUUAUCCUCAACAAGUUGCCUAAAAAGCAACCGGAUCUAGCUAGUUUCACUAUACGUCUUUGCAUGCGAUCAUCAUAUAGAAAACUCCUUGGCGGACUUAGGAGCAAAUAUUAAUGUGAUGCCUUUCAAGCUUUUUAAGAAGUUGCAUUUGUGUGAAUGGAGGCCCAAUAGGCUUAGUGUCACAUUGGUCGAUCGAUCUGUCAUUAGUCAUAUGGGUAUUGUGGAGGACGUCCUAGUGAGAGCUGGCAAUUUCUAUUAUCCGACGGAUUUUGUCAUCCUUGAUAUCACUGAUGAUGCGGAUAUGCCACUUAUACAAGGACGCCCCUUCCUUGCCACCGUCAAGGCCUUAAUUGAUGUUAAUGAGGGAACUUUGGUGUUGAGAGACGGAGAGGAGAAACUUUCUCUUUCAAUUGAUCCUAAGAUUAAGAAUGAUGUUGUGAAAGAAAUGGACUCGAGUGGCAUGAAGGGAAGUGGAGGUGAGCCUCUCAAGGAAAACCCCACUAGUGUGUGUGGUCCAUUUGAUGAUGAGGUGCAUGAAACCAAGGUGGGUACUAAUCCCGGAGGAAAGAAGAAGAGAGCGUGGAGGGAUAGGCUUCACCAAGCCUCCUCCCAACUAAAAGACGAGGGUAAGGCGAAAGUGCCGGGCUAAGAGGGCCAUCCUAAGGAGCUAAAGGUAGGAGGUGACAAGCCUCGCACCAAUACCGUGGCGGAUCCACUCUCGGUGGCUUCAUGCCCUCAAGCAUGAUAGAUCCACAACGUCGAGCUAGUGACAUUAAACUAGCGCUUGUUGGGAGGCAACCCAAUGACGGUUUGUUUUCUUUUCCUUAUUUUUCUCUUUUUGUGUGUGUGUGAAGAGUUCACGUGUUAGAUUGGGGUAUCACUAUGCCAAAUCUAUGUGGUUUUGUGUUUCGGGAUGUGGUGUAAUCGAAUUAGGGGCACGAUGGAGUAGAUUGAGAGUGCCAUGUUUUUCACUCAGAUCACGGUUUGUGCUUCCAGUUCACGGUCUUAGUGAUCGUGAAGUGGUGCCUCCGUCCAUGAAUUGAGGGUGCUCCCCCUGUUUUCAAAACUCAUCAUUUAACCCUAGUUCACGGGUAGAGAGUUAUGUUCACGGUCUUAAUGACCGUGAAUUGGCUCCUCCGUCUGUGAACUAAGGGUUCUGCCUAUAAAAGGGGCGUAAACAG